UGGUCUCUCUGAUACAUAAAGGACAAGCAUCCGUCGUCAUCGGCCUCUUUUGCUCUCUAUUCCUUGCAUCGGUUAGCCAUGUGGAUGGGCUGCAGCUCCCGCUCGCUGCUCCAUCUCGGUCCGAUCUCGUGAUCUCGACAGCCGCUGUUUCCUGAACUAUGGAUGAUACACAAUCAGUUGCAACACUUUUUGAUUCUACAACAUCAAAAAUACAGCAGUUACAACAGGCAUUUGCUGAACUUGAGCGUCACAGUGCCAUAUCCUUGAACUUAAAAUGGAAAGAACUUGAAGAACAUUUUCAUGGACUCGAGAAGUCUCUAAAGACAAGGUUUGACGAGUUGGAGGAUCAGGAAAAAGAAUAUGUUACAGAAGUCACUGAAGCCCAGCAAAUGUUGGAGAAGCAGGAGACUGCCGUUGUGGCCAAGGAGCUUGCAUCUCUGGAACGGUUGCAGGAAAAAAGAGAUGCUGCUCUAUCUGUUUUGUUUGAUAAACACGGAACUUCUUCUUUGGAACCUGUUGUUAAGGGGGUGAACAACAGCAUGACUGAUCUUAUUUUAAAAGAAAACUCUGGUGUUGGAGCUGCCAAAUCUGGCAUGGAAGAUGUAUGUCCUGCAGAAAAAGGAAGUGUGUGCAUUGAGCAACCUACAGAGCUGAUGAAACUAUGUGAAGAAAUGGAUGCACAAGGACUACAUAAAUUCAUUUCAGAUAAUCAUAAAAACGUAAUCUCUAUACGUGAGGAAAUUCCAGUGGCAUUAAAACGUGCAGCCAAUCCUUUCAGCUUGGUUUUAGAUUCCUUGAAAGGCUUCUAUGCUGGAGAAAUUCUAAGUUCAGAUGGAAAAAAAGAUGUAAGCCUAUUGGGCCUGCGGAGGACUUGUCUCAUGUUAAUGGAAUCUCUUGAACAACUGUUGGCUGAUGGUGUACCAGAUUCCCUUUUUGAUAACCAAAGACUUACAUCAGAUAUCAAAGAGAAAGCAAAGGUGAUAGCUAAAGAAUGGAAGCCAAAGUUGGAUCAACUUGACAUUGAAGCCAGUAGUGGAAACUCAUUGGAAGCACAUGCAUUUCUACAGCUUUUGGCUACUUUUGAUAUUGAUUCACAAUUUGAUCAAGAUGAAAUCUGCAAACUUAUUCCAGCUGUUACACGGCGCCGUCAAACUGUUAACUUGUGUCGUUCACUUGGUUUGUCACAUAAAAUGCCAGGUUUGAUUGAAGUUCUACUGAAUAGUGGGAGGAAAAUUGAGGCCGUUAAUCUUGCCUAUGCAUUUAAACUCACAGAACAAUUUCCACCAGUGCCAUUACUUAAAGCAUAUCUGAAGGAGGCGAAAAAAGUUUCACAGGUCAAAGCUGGAAGCAUGUCUCCUGGUGUGCAGAAUGAAAUGAAUGAACGGGAACUAUCUGCCCUUAAAGCGGUCAUCAAAUGCAUUGAAGAGCACAAACUUGAGGAGCAAUACCCUGUUGAUCCGCUUCAGAAGCGCAUCCUUCUGCUAGAGAAGGCAAAGGCCGACAAGAGGAGGGCUGCUGAAGCUGCAAAGCCGCAAACCAAGAGACCCCGUGCCAAUGGCAGCAGUUACCCUCGUAUUAACAUCAUGCCUGACAAAAGCUUCCAUCGAUCACCCUUUGAGAGGUACCCAUACGCAUAUGAUAGGCAGUACGUUUAUGCUGCUGAAACUCAUCAUCCUACGCCAAUGGGUUCUGCGCCAUAUACCAUCCCCCGCACACAUUCCACGUUCUAUGGUAAUGUCCACCAGGUCCAGUACCAGACCGCCUAUCUUUAUUAAUGGAGAAAGCUGCAGGAAUCAUGAUAUCUUCUAACAAGUAGCUUUUAGUCCUUAGUGUACCUAAUAUAUGUUAACUAAAUUUGUAGCCAGAAGAUUAGUCUGUUUAUUAUGUUGGAAGUGUAUCACCAUGUUCAACAGUUGAAGCUUAUGUGUUUAUAUGCUAUCGACUGAUUGACAUAUAUUUCUAGUAUCCAGUUUGAUCGCCUA